AUGUGGAUGGAGGUUCUUAAAGAUUAUAGUAUUACCAUCUUGUAUCAUCGUGGAAAGGCAAAUAUGGUAGCAGAUGCCUUGAGUAAGAAAUCAGCUACUCCGGGUAGUUUGGAUAGCUUUAUUGCGUCUGAGCGUUCAUUGGCGAUUAAUUUUGUUGUUCGUCUUCCGAAGACCUUGGCCUAUGAGCUGGCUUUGCCUCCAGGUUUGUCAGGUGUUCAUCCAGUGUUUCAUGUCUUUAUGUUGAAGAGAUAUCAUGAUGAUUGUUCAUUUAUCAUUCGUUGGGAUUUUGUCUUAUGGGAUGAGAAUUUGUCUUAUGAGGAAGAGCCUAUUGCUAUUUUAGAUAGAGAGGUUCGUAAGCUGAGGUCGAAAGAGAUAGCGUCAGUGAAGGUUCAGUGA